AUGACAGCAACAAACAACAACAGCAACUAUAUCGUUUCUGAUGAAAAAGUUAUUGAUUCAUUAGCUGAGGAAUUAGUUGUGGCAGAAACUAAAACCCUCAACGAAAGAAUUGGUGAAAACAAGAUUGAUUUACGUAACUACCUCAAACACGAUGGAGGAAGAGGAAGGAAAACUGGUAUGGCUUUAUUAGUAAAUAAAAUUUCAAAUUUAACGAUUAUAGAUGUUGAUAUCAAUAAAUCAUACAAUGAUGAACUUAAAGAAACAGUUAGAAAAGACAUUUUAUCAAAACUUUCGGAUAAAGAUGUUAUCGUUAAAACCGCUUCAGGAGGUCUUCACAUUUAUUGCAACACUAAUUUCUUCUAUGCAGUUUCGAACAGAAUGAUUAAAUGUUAUUCCUGCAAUGAUUAUGAUAUUGAUAUAAUGACUUCUAUGGAUGAUUCAAAGCGUUCUUUAGUGGUUAUGGCUGAUUCAAGAGUUCGCAAGAAUGCAACAGAACCAAUCAAUACAUACUCAUUCAUUCGUGGAAGUUAUGAUUCAACAUUAACUAGAACAGUGAAUGAUAUAUUAAAUGAUUUGAAUAUUAAGGUAAGAGUUGAACAGAAGAAUGAAGAAAUAAAGACUAUCAUGAAUGAAAACAAAGAU